AUGUUGAACCCAUUUUCAUUUCGUUGCUCCAAUUAUGCUUCUACGACGGCGCUUCCUUCCCUAUUACUCCAUAAUACUACGUCUCUUCACCUCAACAGAUCAUCUCUCACUUUUCCGUUUCCCCGCCGGCCGUUCAGUCCACCGGAACUCCGGUCAGUUCCCCCUGUCUAUGCUGUUGCCUCUUUUCCAUUCUUCGAUAUCAGCGGAGGCAAAGGCAUGAAUGAGUUCUUUGACGUGGAACUAAAAGUUCGCGAUUAUGAAUUGGAUCAGUUUGGUGUGGUCAACAAUUCGGUUUAUGCAGGUUAUUGUCAACAUGGUCGUCAUGAAUUCUUUGAAAGCAUUGGUAUUAAUUGUGAUGCGGUGGCUCGUGGUGGUGAUGCAUUAGCAUUGUCAGAACUAUCCUUCAAAUUCCUUGCACCUCUAAGAAGUGGUGACAGAUUUGUCGUAAAGGUUAGGGUUUCUGGCACUUCAGCUGCUCGUAUAUACUUUGAUCACUUCAUCUAUAAGCUACCAAACCUAGAGCCUAUUUUGGAAGCCAAGGCCACAGCAGUGUGGCUUGACAAAAACUAUCGUCCCAUUCGAAUUCCGGCAGAUUGUUAA